AUGCCGCUCUGUCUCACCUUCAUCGACUUAAAGAAGGCUUUCGAUUCGGUUGAGACGGAAGCGGUCGUGGAAGCCUUGGACAACCAAGGCGUCCCUACUCAGUAUAUAAAGGUACUUCGAGAGUUGUACAGUAACUUCACGAUCGGAAUUUCGCCAUUCUACAAGAACAUCAUCAUUGACGUGAAGAGGGGGGUCCGACAGGGUGAUACAAUUUCACCCAAAAUAUUCACAACCACCCUCGAGAACGCAAUGCGAAAGUUGGAAUGGGACGACAUGGGAGUGAAGGUUGAUGGUCGGCAACUACACCAUUUGCGCUUUGCUGAUGACAUCGUACUGGUAACACCUAGCAUCAGCCAAGCGGAACGAAUGCUGACCGAAUUCGACGAAACAUGUGGAUGCAUCGGCCUUCAGCUGAAUCUACAAAAGACGAUGUUCAUACGCAACGGAUGGGUCUCGGAUGCCCCAUUCACGCUCAACGGAACGAACAUAUCCGAAUGCACCAGCUACGUUUAUCUGGGUCGGGAACUGAACAUGAUGAACGACCUGACCCCGAGCUGGGCAGGAGGAGACGAGCGGCUUGGGAAGCGUACAAGAGCAUCGAGGAUGUAG